AUCGUAAUUCUAGACGAAAAUUCUCUCGGUGUGAUGUUUUAUUGUCUAAGGAUCUUGCCGUCCAGUGAUCGUGAAAGUCAUUUAAAGAAAAAAAAAAUAAAAAAUAAAAAAGGCAGGAGACCGAGUCGAAGGAAAGUUAAAAAUGGGCUAGUACGUGUUUCCCCUGUGUACGUAGGAUACAGCGCACUAUUUUUGCAAAUAUCCGUAGUCAGAUGUUAUAAUGUUAAUCGAAGUUCCACUGAGCGAUGCUUUUUGUCUUCGGCGAUAACAUAUUGUGGAAUAUACAAUCUUUUGCGAUGUUUCGAUGUAAAGAAGAAGAACGCUAACGUAGCAAAUAAUGUUGCCUUUUUCAAUGGUUAGAUAGAAUGAUUUCAAUAAUCGUAUCGAUUAAAAUAUACGCGAAGCAUGUGAGAGAAUGGACGUAGAAUAUUUUUGGAUUUGUAGUCGCUACAAAUGCUGUUGCAAUCUGUGUAUGUAAUAUUCCGCGUCGCACGAUGUUUUAAUCUCACCAAAUGAUAUACAAGCGAUCGAUAGGAGAAUGAAGCAGCGCACAAUAUUAUUAAUUCACUGUUUAGCACUUAAGAACCCCUAUUUUGUAUGUUUCUUUCGGACCAAAUGCCAAUAUUUCUAUUGUAUCAUAUCACGCGCCGUCGUAACGAGUAUCUCGAGACAUAGUUCUUUCAGAUCGAUUCUUUUUGUACAUGUCACAAUUUAGAUGACCACGAGGACCGUGUGUGAAAUUAUUGUAAUGGAUACGCAAUUAUACAAUGUAUUUACGUAUAUUCCAUUUAUAUACAAAAUAGCUAACAACGUGAAAAUUGGACGUCCAACGCGGUCCACUUGCGUUCGAUAUUUCUGUACGUGCAAUUUCAAAUUGUAUUUCUUUUCCAAAUCGUCGUAAAAUUACGUCUCCUUCCCCUAUAAUGCCCUAAUCUUACGAUUAAUCCGAUUUAAUCGAGCAAUGCGAAAGGAUUUUGAGUAAAUGUGUAAGUUCUCGCGCCCGUUGCAAUCAGGCGCAAACGAUGUGAAACUCGCGUUAAUUAAGCAAUUGUCAUUGUCACUUGUAUUAUCGAUGUUGAAGCGUUGAAAAAUCGUCAUAGCGUCUAUUGUUAAUUGUCUGUCUGAAAUUGUAAAUGUCAAUCGAGCCGGUGGCCCGGGGAACUGUUUUUUUCAAUUGUUCUCGGACAGUCAAGCAUUUAGAACGAAUCCGUCAUCGUUCAAGAUACGUUUGUGCAUGCACUAUUAACGCAUAGGGACCACCUUCAUUCAGACUCCCCUUACACCUUAAAAGAAAAUGAAGAAAAAGAAAAAAAUAUAUUAUACAAAUAUACCGAAUCGGGAAAAAAACGACCUGGAGAAAUAAUACACCUCAUCGAAUCGAAUUAUAAGUGUAUUUUAACAUAAUACUAGUCAUUUACAAGUUAGAUGAAGUUACGGAUAUCGGAUAUAAGUGUAUAGAUUUUUAUUCUACGAACGCUGCGUCGAGAAUAUUUAAUUAUUAUUAUUAAUAUAAUUAUUAUAUUAUUGACACAUAGAGUAAUUACAUGGAAAAGAAAGAAAUAUAUCGAUGAUAUUUUUGUGUCCAAAAAACGCCAGUAGGGAGUACCGCGAAUGUGAAUGAGUGAGAGAGAAAGAAAGAACGAGAGAGCGGGAGAGAGGGAGAGAGAGAGAGAGAGAAAGAGAGAGAGAGAGAGCAGGCAAGAGAGCGCGUCUGAAUGUUUCUCCGUUAUUUGUAACGAUAUAUGGUCGUCUUUAUUCUUGUAAUCCGUGUUUCACUAGAAUAUGUAAAUAUGUAUAUUAUACAAUAAUGAAACACGAUUAUAUACUCAUUAAACGAGAUUGUUUUAUUUUGUACACCUCGCGUACGAGCCAUUUAAUUACAUUCCAAAACGCGUUUUUUCGAAACAAUCAAGUUACAGCUCGCGUAUUUACGAUUUUCAGUUGUGCAAUGAACGAUCAGUUAAAGUUAAAAACGAUUUAUCACGAGUUGUUUAAUCGAUACUUUGCGUUACCACGAGCAAUACAUUGGCGUUUUCGCGUUCGUGCUAUGAUCUUGCCGUUUCUCGAUCAGUUAGCCGGACACAAGCUGCUAUUUUCGCUUUAAAGGGUACUGUCAAUUUCUAUUAUCGUGUAACACGUGUUGCAUACAUUUCGUUUCCAACAUCAAGUAGAUACAUUUUUCUUCGAAGAAUAAUUUACCUUGGAAUUCUUAAGUGAGUUAAGUGUCAAACCGAUUAACAAUUUGUUUUAUUGACUGACAGCACCAAAUCUUUGGAACUGACUAGCUGUAUUGAAAAGGUAACCUAUUUACAUUGUCAUAUUUACAAUAUUAUAGUAUUAUCAUAUCACGAGAAGCGAUAAACAUACUCUAGAAUUAAUUAACUUCAUUAUUCUUAUUAAUGUUUCCAAUAUUUUAUAAUGAAAAUGAUAGUAUCUCGUGUUACCAGCAAUACAAUAUGUAGAAUGUCUGUCACUGUAAUGUUAUCUGAACGUCAUAUGAACCCCUUUUAGUAACCAUAUUAAUUCUUAAUUACUAACGUGAAAUAUAACAUAUUACGUGAUAUAUUUCCUCAUGUAGCUGAAAAAAUACACCUUCUGAAUUUGAAGUUUUACAUUAUUUUCUCAAAAUUCUGUAAAAAAAUUAUGAAUCGAUUAUUUUAAUCACACUGGUAGAGUCUUCCAGCCUAUCGUUAAAGACUAUGAUGUUUAUCGCUCGUCGCAUCUCAUAUAAAUAAAGUAAUACAUGCUACAAGAAGCUGAAAGUGGUCACGUACGCUUUGUUCCAAGCUUUCUGAGAAAAUGGUUCGGCUGCACGUGAAGAAAGGCGACGAGAGCCAGUUUCUGUACGACACACUCGUGGAGGCUCGGAUUGAAGACAUUAUAUACGACAUUACUAUUAUUUACAACGGUCGGCUGAAAGUCUCAAGAAUAUGUUAUGAAAUCGAGGAGCUGAUUAAGCACGGCACCAUGCUGCCCCAUGACAUGAUGGGUCUCACCGACGAACAGGUUGAGGAGCUCAAGCUCAAGGACGAGUGGGGUGAAAAAUGCGUGCCGAUAGGCGGAUGGACCUUUAACAAGGACGUCAUAGGCCGCAGAAAUGGCAAACAACCUAACGUGAAGAUGCAGGAGGUCUUGAAGAAAACGAUCGAAGAGGCACGAACUAUGGUUUCGAAGAAGUUGGUGCAGCAAGAAAAGCUGGUGACACAGAAAACCGUGCAAGAGGCAUUGGACAUUCUAAGAGGUGCCGUGACGAUCGUUUAUCCAAUGGGGCUUCCUCCUCAUGAUAUUAUCCGUCAGGAAUUCGAGAACACGGAGGAUUUGAGCGGCACUCAAGCAUCGCUCGAGGUUAUAGAUGUGCAACUGGCACAACUUUGGUUCUCAGGAAAAGAAUUAUUACCAGGGACGAAAUUAAAGGAUUAUGUCGGGAUGAACGAAAAGACAAAGAUUAUUAUCAAGCUGCAGAAAAGAGGAGGCGGAAGACCUGCUCGUGAACCAUUAAUGUCAGAAGAGGAAAGGAAACAACUAAUGCUACACGCCUAUAAGCGACAGGAACAGCUCAAGGUGAUAUUGUGA